AUAUAAAACUAAAGUUCGUUGUCAAGUGCAAUUAGUAAUUCAAAGUACAGUGUUCAAGAACAGUGCGUGUAGUGUCCCAAUUAUUCUGCACAUACACCUUUAUAGUACCUAUAUUGUACUUACUAUAACCAAACACUAGAUCAACAUGGCAUUCAAGGUAGUCAUCUUAGCCGCUGUUCUCAGCAUUGCUCAAGCCGGUUUAGUACCAUCGACUUACUACGCUCCAGCUGCAUACGCUCACGCUGCGUACGCUCCGGCCGCGUAUGCUCCAGCCGCAUACGCAGCUCCGGUAGCCAAACUCGCUUACGCAGCCGCCCCAGCUCCAGCUGUGUACGCUGCUCCAGCCCCGGUAGUAAAAACCGUCGCUGCCGAAGAAUACGACCCGAACCCAUCGUACAGUUUCGCCUACGAAGUCCAAGACGCCAUCACUGGCGACUCGAAAAGCCAACACGAAGUUAGAAACGGAGACGUCGUCCAAGGACAAUACAGCUUAGUCGACCCUGAUGGUACCAAGAGAACCGUAGACUACACCGCCGACCCACUCAAUGGUUUCAACGCUGUUGUCCGCAAAGACCCAUUGGUAGCCGCCGUCCCAGCCGUCGCUAAAGUCGCCGUUGCCCCAGCUCCAGCCCCAGUCGCCUAUGCCGCCCCAGCACCAGUUGUACACGCUGCUCCAGCUCCAGCCCCAGUCGCUUACGCCGCUCCAGCACCAGUAGCCUACGCUGCCCCAGCUGCCCAUGUCACUUAUGCCGCUGCUCCAGCUCCAGUUGCUUAUGCCCACCCAGCAGCCUACGCUCACCCAGCAGCCUACGCUCACCCAGCAGCCUAUGCUCACCCAGCAGCCUACGCCGCUCCAGCUUACGCAGCCCCAGCCACCAUCAUCGCCGCUCACAAGAAAUAACUUCCUAAACAUUACAGUUACCGAUCUCUGCCCAUUUUCCUGUCAUCAUCAUUAAGUUAAAACGUAAUGUUUUUUUAUAAUUUUUUUUUUUACAUCGAAUACUUAUCGACGACGGACUCCUCUAUUUUUUUAAUACUUUUUUGUACAGAUAUCUGUGUAAUUUAUUUGCGUAAUACAUUUUUUUUGUACUAGGACGUUA